CGGCUGGCGCAUCCUCCGCCGCGUUUUCGGGGCGCUGGGGCGGCGCUGGCCGCGGCGCCUUGCCCUGCAGCUGGUCCUGCGGCGGAGGCGCCGCGGGAGCCCCCGGGCCAGGUGAUGAUGCUGGGCAGCCCGCGGGUGGCCGAGCUGCUGCUGCGGCACGGAGCCGACCCCAACCGGCCCGACCCGAGCACCGGCUGCCUCCCGGCGCACGAUGCGGCCCGUGCCGGCUUUCUGGAGACGCUGGCGGCGCUGCACCGGGCCGGGGCGCGCCUCGACAUCCCCGACGGCCGCGGCCGCCUGCCCCUCGACGUGGCGGUGGGGGGCCCGCACGGAGCCGUGGGGCGGUACCUGCGCGACCCUCCGCCCCUUCCGGGAGCCGGGGGGGCCGCCGAGAAGGCUGCGCGCUGACCCGCCCCCGGCUUGUCCCCGCGUCCCCGGCAGCCCACCUCCCCCGCGAGAAUCCCCGCCGCCGAGU